AUGGCUCCCGUCAAGUCCAAGAAGAAUGCUGAAUCUAUCAACUCUCGUAUCCAGCUCGUUAUGAAGUCUGGUAAAUACACCCUUGGUUACAAGUCCACAUUGAAAUCCAUUCGUCAAGGAAAGGCCAAGUUGAUUAUUAUUGCUGGUAACUGUCCUCCUCUUCGUAAGUCCGAGAUUGAAUAUUAUGCUAUGUUGUCCAAGACUGGUGUCCACCACUACAACGGUAACAACAUCGAUCUCGGUACUGCUUGUGGUAAGCUUUUCCGUUGCAGCGUUCUCUCUAUUACUGAUGCCGGUGACUCCGACAUCUUGACUGCCCAAUAA